GGUCGUCUUUCAGAGCAGAUAUGGAGGCUGAAAGAAAAACUCUUCAGCUCUUGGAAACUUUACUUCUCAAGCCUCCGUCUGAAGAGAAGCUUCAUCUGAGAGGAGAUUUAUUUUUUCCACCUCAGGCUUCAGCUGUUGUUGCUCUUUCUGCCUGGUUUUAGGGAGGCUCUGGCUGUGAGUGAAAGAGGGCUGCAUUUUUGGGCAACAAAGGACAAUAAGCAGAGGAUUACAUGGUCCUGAUCUGCUGUGUGAAGACUUGUGGAUUCUGGUUUCAGCUCUGAAAGUAACGGCAGAGUUUAACUGAACAUAUGAAGAGUCUGACCUCAGUGUUCGUACGUUUGACCAUCCUUAUUAACUGCGGCCGUUUGGCUUCAGAAGUUGGAGUUCCUCGAGUGUUUUUUCUUCUCUUAUCUCUUUAUUCGUACCUUCUUCAUCUUCCUCUCCCUCUCUCCUUUGUGUCCUCUGGAGGAGGAGGAGCUCAGGACUGGUUAGUGAUGUCAUGUGCGUUAAACUUCCACCAAUAAAGCUUGAUGGAGACGACCAACAGCACGACAGAGAUUCAACAAACUGCUGAGUUGAAGAAUCUCGUCUGUUGUUCUCGGUAACGGCUCUUUGAUUUGUCGUCUCUACAUGGAACCGCUCUGAACCAAUCACAGUGCCACCGCCAGCUAGCCAUGGACUGCACGGCGGCGAUUUUGAAAGCGUGCGCCCGCACCAGAGCAAAGUGGUGUCGGCAUGAGCGGUCCUCCAUCCGUCACCCGUGGAGACCAGCAAGUGGCUGCAGCUGCGGCGGACAUGUCACGGCGGCAGGGGUCGUCAGUCACACCUCUUCCCUCGUGCGGCGGUUGUUGUUUUACACCUGCUGUUGUGCGUCGCAUGAGGAGAGAUCUGAGCUGUGUCGGGAAUGGGUGGAUCGUCCUGGUGGAUCUCAGAGAGGAGGAAGAGGAAGGAGUGAGGAGGAAGGUGAGGAUGAGGAGUUAGGACCCCCACCCUCAGUGGACGAGGCGGCUGACGCUCUGAUGACCAGGCUGGGUUUCCUGCUGGGGGAGAAGAUCGUCAGUGGAGAGCCGGGGUCGCCGUACCACGCCCAGGAUGAUGGACAGAGGAUCUCUCCGUCCUCCAGCCUGGCGAGCAGCAGCACCUCCCCCUGCUCCACCCUGCAGCCUCCUGCUGGAGGAGAGGGUGGCAACAACAAGCACGCCUCCUCCAACCACGCCUCCGUCACCUCCCCCACCUCCACGCUGGAGAGCAGAGACAGUGGCAUCAUAGCCACACUCACCAGCUACUCUGCCGAGUCCGCCGCAGAGCGGGACGACAGCGGCGGCAAGUGUCCCGGUGACGGUUACCAUGGCAGCAGCCUGAAUCUGUGGCAGCAGGGGGGCCGGCCGGUGGUGGCCUCCACGUCUUCUUCCUCUAUGGUGGCAGCAGGAAGUGUGAAAGAUGGCUUCCUGUACAGCACGGAGGACGUCAUGGCCGCCUCCACUUACAGCCUCAACAAACUCCACCCAGACCGAGGCCCUGGCUCCGCCCGCUCGUCAGGCUCCACCCACUCCAUUCCUCUCUACCUCAUGCCCCGGCCGAACUCAGUGGCUGCCACUAGCUCCGCCCACCUUGAAGACCUGGCCUAUCUGGAUGAGCAGCAGAGACACAUCCCGUCGAGGACGUCCCUCAGGAUGCCCAGACAGAAUUCUGGGAGUCGUAGUCAGCAGGACCACAGAGUUCGUUUCACUCCCUCUCUCAACCUGAAGCCGCUCCACUUUGAGGUUUCCGGUCUCUCGUCUGAUUGGCUGUUCACUGGCAGGGAGUGGCUUUUCCAGGAAGUGGACGCCUGUCUUCGCAGCGGCGACCCAGCGACCAGUCGGGGCGUGGUGAUCGUCGGCAACAUGGGCUUCGGCAAAACGGCCAUCAUCGCCCGUCUGGUGGCUCUCAGUUGUCAUGGAAACCGCUUGUGGCCCACCGUUGAAAGCAGCCAGACGAUGCCCAAACAUGCAGAGGCUGUUUCUUUCUCCCACGACUCCCUGGGAAGAGGAGGAGGAGGAGGAGAUGAAGGAGGAGGAGGAAGCUGUCCAGGGACUCCAGAGAUGAGGAGGAGGCAGGAGGCAGCGCUGAGGAGGCUCUCAGGACAGGUCGUCUCGUAUCACUUCUGUCAGGCUGAUAACUGUCACACCUGUCUGGUUCCCGAGUUCGUCCACAACAUGGCGGCGAUGCUGAGUGACGCCCCUCAGCUGUCGGUCUAUAGAGAGCUCCUGCACCGGUCGCCACAGCUGCAGAGCACGCUCAGUCUGCGCUCCUGCAUCCAGGAUCCAAGCUCCGCCCUCCAGAAAGGAAUUCUAGAACCACUGGAUGCUCUCUACAGAGAGAGGAAGUUACAUGUGGAGGGGGCGGGGUUUAUUGUGCUAAUCGAUGGGCUGAAUGAGGCAGAGUUCCACCGGCCAGACUACGGUGACACACUGACUUCCUUCCUGACCCGAAAUAUCCAGAAAUUUCCUUCCUGGUUGAAAGUCAUCACCACUGUGAGGACCGGACAGCAGGACGUCACGCGCUCUCUGCCGUUUCACUGCAUCUCUCUGGACAGGAUGGAGGAGAACAGCGCCAUAGACCAGGACCUGCAGGGUUACCUGAUGCAGCGUAUCCACAGCAGCGCAGAGAUCCAGAGCAACGUGUCGCUGAGCAACGGUCGCCUCGACAACACGGCGCUGGCCAAGCUGAUCAGCCACCUGAAGAGCCUGAGCCGGGGCUCGUACCUGUACCUGAAACUGACCCUGGAUCUGAUCGAGGGAGGAUAUCUGGUCCUGAAGAGCUCCAGCUUCAAGGUGGUCCCUGUGAGUCUAGCUGAAGUCUACCUGCUGCAGCUCAACAUGCGGUUUCCCACCCAGUCAUCUUUCCAGAGAGUUCUGCCACUUCUCAACGUGACUGUGGCGUCACUGCACCCACUGACCGACCAGCAGCUGUUUGAGGUGGUAAACGCCGGCGCUCUGAGCGGAGGGACGCUGCACUGGGGAGAGUUUGUGCACCGGGUGGAGCAGCUCUCGCCUUUCCUGCUGCGACGGAGCGACGGCAGCAGGAUGCUGAACCACGCCUCUUUCAGGGAGUGGCUGAUGUGGAGAGAGGAGGGUCAGGACGACAGGUUCCUCUGCGACCCCAGGAGCGGUCACACUCUGCUGGCGUUCUGGCUCUGCAGACAGGACGGAAAGUUGAACCGACAGCAAACACUGGAGCUGGGACAUCACAUCCUGAAGGCUCACAUCUACAAGACAUUAAAAUCCAGUAUUUCAGGACGUCUGAAUCAACGCUGCUGUCGCGUCUCCUCGUCAGUCCUGCAGGGGCUGUGGUUGUCCUACAGCACAGAGAGUCUGAGCCCUGCUCUGUCGUCGCUGAGGAACCUGUACACCCCCAACAUCAAGGUGAGCAGGCUGCUGAUUAUGGGCGGGGCUGAUGUGGAUGUGCGGAGUGACGUCCUGAACAACGCCCCCCUGCUGUGCGUCCACGCUCACCUGGGACACAGAGACGCUGUAGCGCUGCUGCUCGACCUCGGAGCUCAGAGUCAGCACAGAGCAAAGGUGGGACACGUGGACAGCUCAGGUCGCUGUGUGUUGGUGCACGCCGCUCAGCACGGUCACCUCGACGUGCUGAGCUUCCUGCUGAAGCGUGCGGACUGGAGCUGCACUUCCUGCUGCGGCCAGAGGGAGGCGAGCAGGCGUCAGGCGCUGCAGCAGGCGCUGACCGCAGCCGCCAGCAUGGGCCAAUCAGAGCUGUUGUCGUACCUCCUGGAUCUCCCAGAGGAAGACGAGGAAGAGGAGGAGAGACCUGAGAUCAACACAGCCGACAGUCUGUGGGGGGAGACAGCUCUGACAGCAGCAGCAGGAAGUGGCCGCCUGUCUGUCUGCAGACUGUUGUUGGAUCAGGGAGCGGCUGUAGAACAAGGCAACAGGCGCGGCGUCACUCCGCUCGUCAGCGCUGUGAGACGAGGACACUGGCAGGUGGUGGAGCUCUUACUGAGUCACGGGGUGGAGGUCAACACGAUGGACCAGCAGGGUCGAACUGCUCUGAUGACGGCAGCCUCAGAGGGACAUGUGACCAGCGCUCAGCUGCUGCUGGAUCACGGAGCGUCUCUUGAGCAGACGGACAGGGAGGGGUUAACGGCGCUGAGCUGGGCGUGUCUCAAAGGCCAGCUCCCAUUGGUCAAAGAGCUGGUGGAGAGAGGAGCAGCCACGACUCACGCUGACCGCAGCGGACGCACACCUCUGGAUCUGGCUGCGUUCCGCGGUGACCCUGAAGUGGUGCAGCACCUGGUGGAUCACGGUGCGUCGGUGGAGCACGUGGACUGCAGCGGGAUGCGUCCUCUGGACCGGGCGGUCGGCUGCAGAAACACCUCAGCAGUCAUCGCUCUGCUCAAAAAGGGAGCCAAGAUUGGACCAGCGACGUGGGCCAUGGCGACCUCUAAACCCGACAUCCUAAUGGUUCUGCUCAGUAAACUGAUCCAAGAGGGAGACAGACUGUACAAGCAAGGUAAAGUGAGGGAAGGAGCUCACUCCUACCAGUCGGCUCUCCAGAAGUUUCCGGGCGAUGAGCUGAAGACGUUCAGACAGCUGAGAGUGUGUGUGCUGCUCAACCUCUCCCGCUGCCACCGCAAGAUGAACGAUUUUGGCCUCGCUGAGGAGUUUGCAACCAAGGCGCUGGAGCUGAAAGCAAAAUCCUACGAAGCCUUUUACGCCCGAGCCCGCGCCAAACGUGGACGCAGACAGUUCCAUGCCGCCCUGGAGGACCUGAUUGAGGCGAGCAACCUGUGCCCAACCAACCGGGAGAUCCAGCGGCUGUUGUCCCGGGUCAAAGAGGAGUGUCGGCAGGCUGCACAACAACAACAAGACUCUCCCCCUCCUUCAUCACAUCGUGUUCAUCAACAAAACGUGGCCGUUAAUGAGGCCUGGAGCAGAGACUCAGGCUGUCUGCAGGUGCAGGACAGGGAGGGCCUUACUGAGGAAGAAGACGAAGAGGAGCAAAGGGAGGAGGGGAGUCACAGGGAAGGAGAUGCUCCUCCUCCUCACUCCUCCUUCCACCCUCCACCUGUGGUUCAAAGUCUUGACACCCACGGCCGCCCUGGCAUGCCAUCAUCCUCCUCUCUUUCCCCCACUCACCUAUAUCGUCACCUCCCCAGCCCCACCCACUCCCCGUCUUCUCCAUGUCACUCUGUGCCUCCUCCUCUAUCCUCCUCUUAUCCCCAUUUCAGCCCUCCUCCCUCCCCGAUGCAGCAUCAGCGACCCAGUCCAAUGUCGGAAAGUAUGCCUGCGUUGUCAGGGAAUGGAGGUCACCACCACCACCACCACCAGAGCCAGGGAGGGCAGCAGCUCCACCACCUGUCCAAUCAGAGAUCCUUCCAGAAGCAGAACACUGUUCAAGGCCAGUGGCUCCAACCAGCCAAAGUCCAGGUCGUCAGAACCAGUCAGCCCAGUUCCUCGGCCCACUCCAGCAUGAUUUCUGCUUACUCCCAGUUUGGCCAAUUGCCACAAGAACUGGCCGAGCUGGGGGAGGGCAUUUGCCCGAACCCCCUCGACAUCAGGCCCAGCCUGCAGGCCCAGGCUGGUCUGAGCUCUGCAGCUUCAUAUCCACUGAAUGACGAAGACGUUGACUUGGUUUGCCAGAUAAGGCCUGCACCAGCCUACGGGAGAGAAGGAGGAGGGGAGAGGGCGGUUGUCAAUCGAUUUGGCCAGUCCCGUCACUUCACUCGCAACCAAUCCAAAGCAGCCUACUACCCCAUGGAAGUUACCGAGUCGACAGUGGAACCUCCCGAUAGCCUUCCACCGUUGCACGAUUUCCAAUACCAGUAUCAGGGGGGACUACGACGCCCGCUCAGUGCCCACCCAACCUCCGCCCCGGCUCCUCCCCCCAGGCCUCUUGCCCACUCCCAGAGUAUCAGUGUCCGUUUCUCCACCAGCAGCGGCAGCCUUGCAGGUGGGCAGCCCGGUAAUCACAGCCAAGGCUUUAGGACCUCAGCCUCCGUCCAGCACAUGGAUUCACCUUCAGAUCUGACCUCGGUUGGAGGGGUCACUGGUUACCAUGACGAUCUCUUUCUGAUCUCCUCUCCCCAAUCAGAAAUAUGCAUGGUCGGAGGCGGGACCUAUCCUGGAGAGGCUGGCCGAUCAUCUAGGAACACUCCUUUUAUGGGCAUAAUCGACAGGACGGCGAGGGUUCAGCCGCAGUACCAACAACAAGCUCCAUCCAGUUCAGCGUCCUGUCUCAGCCCGUCUCGCUCCUGGGCCAUCUCGUCAGUGGACACAGUUGUAACCUCACCCAGCAAAGCCCCCACCACUCAAGGAGGCUACAGUCAACCCCAGCCAUCCUCCAUCGCCUACCACAACCGCAGCAACAACAACGCCCACAAUGACAACCAGCGCGACUACUAUCCUCAGGGUGAAGGCUCGGUGCACGUCGCCAGCCAGAAUCCCUCCUACCUGGAUGUGAAGCUGGCCCGAACGCUGCCGGUGAUUCAUAGCUGCUCAGACAGACCCAGUGACAGACAGACGGGCCCUACCUCUCCUGUCAAACCAAAAAGACCUUUUGUAGAGUCCAAUGUAUAGAGAGGGUGUAAAUGUCAAGUCAGAAAUAUGAGAGGAGGGUUAAAAAAGAGCGGUUAAAAAGAAACUAGUGCACUCAUGUAUUCCAGUAAUGACUGGGACUGUGGAAUAAUUAGAGCCGGACUAUGCUUGAAAUGGACAUGUAUGACAUUAAGAGGGGCACGGCACAAUAAAUGUUCAAAUAGGGGUAACAGCACACUCCCUGAAGGUCUUUAAAGUGUAUGGUUUUGUGCACUUGUACACACGAAAAGUUGAUGUUGAAAGAAGAACAAAUCCUGCCUACGUUUUUACUUCCACGCACCUUGUCAGAGGCUACGUUGAAGUUUCUGUGCUCUUCGGAAUUUUUCGGAAUGUGAAGCACUUCCUUCGAAACAUAGUGACUCGUUUAUUGUUCAGAAAAGGUAGGGAAGAGCGGAAGUUAUACAUUUGAUAUGGAACAUAUUUCCUGCUUACAGGUGAGGUCUGUCUGUUAACCAACCAGAGACAAAGGAAAAAAGUAAGGACAAAGAAAAUGGAGCAAAAAAAAAACACAACUGAAGCCGAAUGCUGCCAAAGUGCCAAAACCUGCACUUCCUCUGUCUGGCUCCAAGAGCAAGUCCCCGUAGACCCCCAUGUUAAAAUGUAGGAAUACACGUUUACAGCCUGGUACAGAAAACAGUUUUGGUCUCAAUUGCUAAUUUGAACGUUCAUAACAACUGUACAGGGGUGAAGUUUUAUACAACUCACCUGUUUACAUUUUAUUAAGGUUUAAAGUCACUCAAAAUUAAGGGCGUGGCCCCUUUGAGUGCCAGGCUGUCUGCCAGGCGUCACCACAGCCAAUGAUACCUCUUUUCCACCAAAUUAGCUCUGGUUCCUGAACUGGUUCUGUCCGGGAUUCUCAGAACCUUGGUGCUAUCUUCCAAACCAGCCCGCAAUUCCACCACCUUUGUAUGGAACCAUUGUAAUCAAGGAUGUGUCAUCAACAAAGGGUGUUGCACAAUGCAAAAUGGAAGUUAACAGUAGUAGCAAGAUGGAUUGCAUUGAUUAUUAAUACUAAUACUAUUAAUGAGACUACUGCGCACCAAGCCUUGAGCUUCCUCUCUUUCCAACCUGUAGAAUAUGAUGCGCCUACUGAUGCUGUGUCAUGAUUUGCACUUCAGGUUGUGAAGUUGUUUGGUUCCAGCUGAGAAUGGCCUUUUCAGGGUUCCAAAUCUGCGAUGAACCAGUCCGCGAUGCCAGAGAUCAGCACUGUCGCCUGGCACACAAUGCACCGAACCCUGAUUCUGUCCCUGCGGGUGGUGGGCCCACAGCAUGCUGCUCUGUGUCUUUGGGCGUUGCCCACGGCCCGGCCACAAGACGCUCGCUGGCAAGACUUAUGGAGGUCUGGCUCCAUAAGGGGGCCGCAGUGUCCCCAUACCGGACGAGCUGCUCGAAGCCUGAAUAUUCCUUGUCAUGAAGGUUGAUUCAAGGUUGGUUCUUCUUGAAUGGUUAGGGUUAUGGUAGAAUGGAGUGUGAGGUGGAUUGGCAGUUUGGUGCAGCUUCUGCAGUGAUGCAGACGCUGUGCUGGACUGUCGUGGUGAACAGGGAGCUGAGCCAGAAGGCGAAGCUUUGGAUUUACUGGCCCAUUUACGUCCCAACCCUCACCUAUGGUCAUGAGCUUUGUGUAGUGACUGAUAGAAUGGGAUAGCAGAUACAAGCAGCCAAAAUGAGUUUCCUCUGUAGGGUGUCUGGGCUCAGCCUUAGAGAUAGGGGGAGGAGUCAGACAUCUGGAGGGAGCUUGGAGUAGAGCCGCUGCUCCUUUGCAUCUAAAGGGGUCAGUUGAGGUGGUCUGGGCAUCUCCCCUGUUAUAAGUGUUCCAGGCACAUCCCACUGGUAGGAGGCCCUGGGGCAGACCCAGAUCAUACUGGAGGGAUUACAUAUCUCAUCUGGCCUGGGAACACCUUGGGGUCCUCCAGGAGGAGCUGGAAAGCAUUUCUGGGGAGAGGGACGUCUGGGGUGCUUUGCUUGACCUGCUGCCCCCGUGACCCAGCCCCAGAUAAGUGGAUGAAAAUGGAUGGAGGGUUCUGAAUCAAUUUAUUUUUGAUUGAAAUUCUCAGAGCAGUUCAAAAUAGGUGCAGGAACCAGAUCAGAAUCCAUUCCAUGUUGCUGGAAAAGGGGUAUGAGUUGGCGCCACCCUUUCUUUCACAUAUGAUCACUUUUGGCUCCAAAAUUCAAGAUGGCAACAGCUGAAAACUAAAAAUUUCAAAACAAGAGUCCAUGAACCAGUGGGUGACGCCACGGUAGCCACGUUAUUUUGUAUCAUCUAUGAUAAUAACGAGAGUUGUAAAACAUGAGACGGCUCCUGCCGUUUCAAAGCACAAAGAGGAAAAGUAAGAUUUGGGGAAAAUCAGAAGUAAACACAAAAAAAGAGGAAGAUCAGGUGGCACUCCUGACAGGUUCACAACUCUAGACACAGACAUUAACUCAGACAAGAGAGACACAAACCCACCACUUUCACUUUCGUCUACUGCAGACACCUUUAAUGAAGAUUUUCAUUUUGAGUUUGAAGUGCUUAUGUGAUAUGACUGGAAACCUGGACACGGUCACUGCAGGAUCCAGACUCUAAAACCAGUCAGAUGCUGGUCAGUGACCCGGUCCCAAGCCAUAGUUUGAGAAACUAGUUUGAUGCUGUCAUUGAAUAAGCACUGGCUUGCUGUAUAUAAAACAAAAAUAAGUGAUAUUUAUCUUUUUUAAGUUAUAUCUGUAUUAAACUGUAUGAUAUUGUUUCUCUUUUACCUGUAUAUUCCUUUUGGAUUUGCCUUUAUAUGUUUAUUUUGAGGGUUCUUCACACAAAGUGAUGAAAGAGCAGAGUCAGUUCAGCUUCGAUCUGUUUUUGGGUGAACAUCUUCCUGCUUGUGUAUAACGGCAUCGAUCUUUAAUGAACAUUCUGUAAAAAUGCCUUUCAAUGUUAAUGUAUUUUUUUGCUUUAGGUAGUUAAUCUUGUUUUUUCUAUGAAGGUCUUUUGUAGUGUGUGUUGUAUUAUGUGUGUCCUAAAAGGUCCUAAUUUAUGCAAACCACAAGGAUCCUUACUGAGGGCCCUUUACAGUCAUUGCCAUGGAAAAAUAGUGCUAACACUCCUCAUGAACUGGUGAUCGGCUUCUCCUUCUGUCUGUAACUCAAUAAAAGAAAUGUGACCCUCCCCUCCAAAACAGUGAUCGUCCCAUCUGAACUAGGCACAGCAGAGCCGGUCAAGUUCUGCAUGUUUCAUAAUCCUGCUGACAAACAAACUAACCGAAACCCUAACCCCCUUGGUGGAGGUAGUCAAAUGCUACUUCCUGGUCACAGGAGAACUUUGCAGAAGGGUUAAAACCAAAUUUUUGCCUUGUAUUUCUUGAGCAUCAUGUUUGUAGCCUUCAAGUGCAUAUUUAUCUGUAUGUGACAUUAAGAGCAUUAACACAACAUUAAACCACUAGGUCUGUUUGCUAUGUAAAGAUUUUGGAGUAAUGGCGUCCUGAGCAGAGAAUUAAGUCAUGCUACCUCUGUGUGUUGUAGUCCGAGCUUCUCUGUAGUUUGUUGUCUUAGGUUGGUCUGGAUGCACAUGAAUAUGUGUAUUCCACUGGCUAGCUCAUCACCCCCGCUAUGCACUGUACUCAUCCGGUAGUUACUGCUCAUAUCUGGACACCGCUGUAACGGAGGCUUUAGCACCAUUUAAGGAGUCACACCGUUAGCUGCUAGCCGCCUGCCCAGCCACUUCCAUGUUGAGAACCGUGUGCAGACAACGUAGAUGCUUUGAAUUUUACAAGCAGCGACUUUUUGGUUUCCUUUUUAAAAAUUCUCAUUUUAAAACAAUUUUGCUGGUCACAUUAAAAAGUCAGACGGGGUAGGUGUUUUCAACUGAGUCAUGUAGCUUAUAUUAGCUUGAUUAGCUAGCUACCUACAGUUCAUAAAAUCAUCCAGUGAAAGUUCUCAUUUCAGAUGGCAAAUGCAGUAGUUAUCAGAUAGAAAUAAGAAACCUGCUAACUUAUUUAUCUGCUUUUACAAGAUUAUCGUCUCAAGAUUUGCUGGUAACAUAAUUCAGAAGUAACUUAGGCGUUUUAAAUCGCGUAAUGGCGCUAAUAUUAGCUUGAUUAGCUUGCUAGCUACAGCUCAUAAAAUCAGAAAUUUCUUAUUUCAGAUGCUAAAUGCAUUAGUUUAUGGAUACAAAUUAGAAACCUGCUUUUACGUCUUUAAUCUACUUUUACAAGAUUAUGGUUUCAAAACAGUUUUGCUGGGCGCAGUCAGAUUUCGUAGCCAUUUUCAAGCUUGAUUAGCAUGCUAAUGCAGUGAUUGAUGGAUACAAAUCAGAAACCUGUGUACUUUUCUCAUCUACUUUUGCAAGAUUAUCAUUUCAACAUUUGCUGGUGACAUAAAUAUUUAGAAGGUGUAACGGUUUGCAUUUUCAGCUGACCACUGGAGCUAAUAUUAGCUUGAUUAGCUUGCUAGCUAUAGCUCAUAAAAUCAGCCAAUGAAAGCUCUCAUUUUAUCAGCAUAUGCAGCAGCUGUUGCAUAGAAAUAUGAAACCUGUAUUUAUCAACUCCCGUCUGAAACCAGGACCCAUCACUUCAAAAAUCACAAAUCACAAAUCCCUGUAAACUGGAUAUUCGCUGUGCGAGGGGAGGAGGUUAGCUAACAAUCACUUCAGACAGGAUUCAGAGAGUGGGACUGUCAUUUUUAAAUGUAUUUUAUGCACACGAAUGCCUGUUUUUUUUGUGUUAUUUUUCUAAUAAUCAGCAGCUUGGAUUCAGAGUUGCUGAUGAAACCUCUGACCUCUCUGUCACGGUACAGUCUCUGUGACCACUGCCCUUAUUUCAUACUGCUCAGGAGCUUCCAGCCGUGAGAAGACGUGGUUAUACCUAAUUUUUGGGUUAGUUGUGAAGCCAUGUUCAUAGUCAGACGUUCUGGGUGUGGUAUCUGAUUCGGGCCAGUCAAAGUGAUGAAGUACAUUAUUAGCAAGUUGAUUGGAUGUUUUUGACUGGUGUAAAAUUCAAAGUGGGAACAGCUCGUCAUAGUUCAUCAGUGUUGCUUUAAAUGAGCCGGAUGACAGCUGUGUCGUCUGUCAAUAAAACAUUGUGUUGUGCUGUAAAUGUGGGAUGUAACCCCCGACCUGCUGAGGGGUCCCGAGCCCCGGGUUUGAAACACAGGGAAGCGAGCAUUAGGGAGCAGUGUGUGUGUUCCCUGUUAGUGGGUUUACUUUUUCACUGUGUGUAAGAUAAGUUAAUAUUUAAAACCCAGGAUGGUCACAAGAAGAACAUCAUUAUUCAACAUUUAGAACAACAUGAAUGUGUCAGCUCAUGUGAACGUUACAAAGAGGAAUAAAGAUGAAUGAAAGACACGUGCACAUCUAUCACUUUGUCUCUUUCUCCAUCUAUCAUACAGUAUGGCGACAUCAUCUUUCACAGUCAUGCACUAAUUAGAAAUCCAUCUUAAAGCUGUAUUAUUUACUUAUCUGCCACUUGGGGGCAGUGGAACUAGCUGUUAACCAAACAGUAAUAUACUAUCACCUUAUAAAGUCGCCUGUAGAAUCCAUUU